UUUGUCACCGAGGCCGAGGACCGAGGACGGCGAGGAAAGGAAUUAUAGGAGGUGCUGGUCUGUGCUGGAGUCACGUGAUUUCGAUAAUAGUGUGCCGAAGACAUGGCGGACAAAGAAGAAACUGAAAAGACCAUCGCCGAAGACUUGGUUGUCACCAAGUAUAAAAUGGCCGGCGAAAUCGUAAACCGGAUAUUAAAGCAAGUCUUAGACAAAUGUGUUGCUGGAGCUUCUGUGAGAGAAAUAUGUGAGUUUGGUGACAAACUACUUACUGAAGAAACUAACAAAGUUUUUAAGAAAGAAAAAGAACUUAAAAAGGGAAUUGCUUUUCCAACAUGCAUAUCAGUCAAUAAUUGCAUUUGUCACUUCUCACCCAUUGCUAGUGAACCUGAUCUUAUCCUCAAGGAUGAGGAUAUGGUUAAAGUUGAUCUAGGAGCACACAUCGAUGGUUUCAUAGCUGUAGUGGCACACACCAUUGUCAUAAAUUCUUCACCAGAGAAGAAAGUCACAGGCAGAAAAGCAGAUGUAGUUUUAGCUGCACAUUUUGCUUCUCAAGCUGCAUUAAGGUUGUUGAAGCCAGGUACAGAGACAUACACAAUAACAGGCACAGUAGAGAAAAUAUGUGAUGCCUAUAAAUGUAAACCAAUCGAGGGCAUGUUAAGUCAUCAGUUGAAACAAUUUAAAAUUGAUGGAGAAAAAACUAUAAUUCAGAAUCCGAAUGAUGCACAAAAGAAGGAACAUGAAAAGUAUACACUUGAAACUCACGAGGUGUAUGCAAUGGAUGUACUAGUUAGUACAGGUGAAGGGAUAGGACGGGAACAGGAUACUCGAGUCACAAUAUAUAAAAAGACAGAGGAGACAUAUCAACUUAAAUUGAAGGCAUCUCGCAUGUUCUAUUCGGAAGUCUCUCAUAAACAUGGUCUCAUGCCAUUCAAUUUACGCACCUUUGAAGACGAAAAGAAAGCGAAAAUGGCUGUUGUUGAAUGUGUAAACCAUAGGUUGAUUGAGCCAUUCCAAGUGCUCUAUGAAAAACCAAAUGAGUAUGCUGCACAAUUCAAAUUUACAGUACUUUUGAUGCCUAAUGGGCCUCAUAAAAUUACAGGAAUUCCCUUUGAUCUCGAUAUCUAUCAAUCUGACUGUGUUGUGGACGAUCCUGAAUUAAAGAAUCUUUUGUACUCUUCAGCAAAUCCGAAGUCGGCAAAAAAGAAGAAAAAGAAGGCUGAGAAAGCUGUGGAUGUUGCUAUGGAAGUCGAUGCUAAGGCCUAACACUGUCAUUUUCUAAUACAUACCAUGACUUAUAUUGACAUCAUGCACUACUUCAAUAUUUUUCAUUUAGUGAUCUAAGUAAAAGGCUGGACACUUUCAAACACAAAUCAUCGUUAUGCUCUUGCCAUCAGUAAUCGUCUGAUAUGCAUCCACCUCAUGACUUAUCAAUUUACCUUCCUUCCUUUCUCUUUACUUUUCUACUUAUGUACUUCAUUUAUCCAAUGGAAGUCUCAAGUUUUACCAUUUAAUACAUAUUACUAUUUACAUAUUUUCCUCUCUACCUGUCUGUCUAUAUAUUUUAUUCGACGAAAAUAUCUAGUUUUGCCGCCUUGUCGAGAAUCAAACUUUAUUAUACAUUAUAUGUUAACUUUUCAACAUUUAAGUUAUACCAGAGUAUCUUUUAAUGUGGACCAUGGAUCGUAUUAUUACUAUUUAUAGAUUGUUAAUUAUUCAUAUGACGAUUACUUGCAAUUGUAAUGCAUUACGAAUUUUGAACUAACGUUUUAUAUGUAACAAUUUUGUGUGACAAUUUUCUGCGGAACAUUGGAUUGGCUAAGCUAAAAGAAGUGAAUCGUAUAACUUCAAAAUAUAUUAAGAAAUAUUUUCGUUUUCCUAUAUAACUAAAGUUAUAAAAUUAUAUAGAAUGCAUCUCUUCAUUUUAUACACAGAAUGUUAAUUAAUUCUUGCUCAUUAAGUACAUAGUGAGAUUCUUUGAUGAAAAAUAAGCUAAAAAGGCUCCUCUAUUAUUUUUUCUGCUUAAUAGAGAGAGAAAUUAUUAAAUGAAAUUGACAUUUAAUCAUACGCAUAGUGCCGUUUACUAAACAGAUAUAUGUCCAUGAGCCGUGCGAAUGGAAGUUUGUGUGGCUGCAUAUCCAAUGUGCAGUUCACGUAUGCCUGUUUAAAUAACAAUGCUCUAUGUUUGUGUGUAUGUUGAAUAGAUUUUAAUAAUUUCUCUUUAAACAUUAUAAAAAGAAAUGAUUCAGGACUUUUGAGCUAUUUUUCAUCAAGAAAUAUUGUUAUGUAUUUAAUAAAGGUAAAUUAAUUAAUACCUUGUUUAUAAAAUAUUAUGUGUACACACACAUACACAUAUAUAUGUAUACAUAUACACUUUAGGAUUUUAAUAUCACAAUUUGAUUUUAUGGAUAAGCGAUAUAUAUAUUGUAACAUCUGAAUAUUUGCACAAAAUGCGAUUCACUAAGUACUAGUUCUAGAUUAGCCAAUUUUAUUUUAUGUCCAGCUAUGAGAACUAUACUAUAAUAAGGAUUAACAAAUUGUACAAUUGGAGAGUGUCCAUUCUGGGACAUUGCAUAAACAAUGAAAUGCCAAUGAUUCACCGAGUGUUUCGUUGCGAAAAUACCCCUUACCAACAAAAAUACAAUUAUUAUAUAAAUUAUUUCUACUGUGCGCAAAUUUUAUAGAUUGUGUGUGUAGUACAGAUUGUUAGAAGUUGGUUAAAUUGGUUAGAUUAGUAGAAGCUGGAAAUAUAUAUAAAAUUGAAGGAGACUUUAUUUGUGUGAGCGAGAUAAAAAAAUAGAUCUUUACAAAAAAAAGUAUGGAGAGUAAUAUUAACUUGACGACUCACCACAAACCGUAAAUAAUGCAAAUGAAUAUUGUAUAAUAAUAGUUUUAUAUAAGAGGGAUAGAUAAUGUAUCUGUUAUAGAUAUUUUUUCUACUCAAGUUGUGCAUAUGUCGAAUGUUAUAGAGUGUGCUUGUAUAACAAAAUAUCAAUGUGCACUAUCCAUCAUUUGCUUAAAUAUUCUACAAUCGCGUUUACAAUCAAAUUUUUGGCAUUAUUUGGAGACUCUUUAUAAUUUUUUAAUAUUUUUAAAUUAGAUGAAAAGAAAAGAUUAAUUAUCGCAAUCCAGAAAAAAAAAAUUAAUUGAAAUAAAUAAUAAUAUAAAAUUAUGCAAAUGAAGGCUGUGCACAAAAUUUAUAUGCAAUAUAAAAUUUAAUGUAAUGAUAUGAAAUAAAGAAAAAAAAUUGUUAUAAAAAUGCUUAAUAAUAAGCUAACAAGUAUAAAUUUUGACACUUGCAUAUA